UGCGACUGACAGACAGUGACUCAGGCAGUGUGCUCCCAGCCGCCGAAAAGGAAACGUUCAAUCGCUGCGUCCGCCCGCUGGUCUCGCUUGUGUUACUCUCUGCCCCAUCUAUCUCACGUAUUGUCGUCUAAUGUACCAUGUAAUACCCACUAUGUAGAAAAGCAUACCCCUCGUGCAUUCCAAAACAGCCCACAGACCCCGUUCAUAGCCCAUCAGAAACGAAUUAGCCCGGCCGAAAACAGGAAUUGUUUAUCAGAAUUUAGUGCAACGAUCAAGCUAACGUUUUCCGACAAACAGGUUUUGUGUGGAGUCUCCCUUUGGGAUCGACGGGAAAGGCAACCUGAUACAGCCCUGUUUAAGCUAGGAAAGGGUUGACUAACGGACGUGUGACGUCAUUGUUCAUAGCCUGCGUCAAGGAUUACAUGAGCAGUCAUUUCAUUGCCGGCUGAAGCAACGCAUGUUCGAAGAGCCAACGAAACUGAAAAUAGGAAUCCUCUCCCGAAUGUCUUAUCUACAAUAACUUUUGAAUUAACUGUUUACCAUAGUGUGUAUCGGUGUCACUGAAUGUUAUUUAAUGUAACUGUGUUAAGUGUUUAUCGAUCUUAUUGAUGUAUCAUUAGAUAUUCUCAGGUGUUUAGAGUAUAUGUAUCCUAAUUGUGGGGAAGAUAAAUUUUUCUGAAAGUGUAUUCGUAUAUUUAGACAGUUUUAGUUCCUUGAACUUCAAACUCGAAAAUCAGUGUUGUCAAAAAAGAAAGAAAGAAAAAAUUCUUGACACCAACUGUUCAGGUUUCUCGACGUGAUCACGUGAUGUUUGUGUUACUAAUAACUAGUUUUUACUAAGUGUACGUAAAAUGAAGAGUAUACUUUAGAAUCCAUCGUCUAACAUGGAGGACGACGUCAACGGCAAACUUAUCAAGGAGGAGGUGGAGGAGGAGGCCAGCGAGUUGCCCGCUUCCGAACUCUGCCCCCGCCUGAAGUUGGCCCGCAAGAGCCUGACGCGAUGCAAGAGCGUCGAGGAGACCUUCGACGACGAGUGUGACCCCUGCCUGAAGGACACAGACGAAGACGAAGAGGAGACAAAGGUCGCUUAUGAGAACGAGAACCAACGAGAGACGUCUGCCAAACCGCGACCCACGAGCUUAGGCGAUGGCAACCACAAGUGUCCGAGUCCCAGGGGGGGUUCUCCAGCCUCCGGGCAGGACGCAGGCAGUUCAGCCAGUGCCAGCGGUGUGGAGGGGUCCAAGACCCAUCAGUCGCCCUCUUCUGCGAAGGCGGAGGACCAGGCCAGCAACAGUUGUCGCAGUAGCGGCAGCGAGGGCGGCUUCGGCGAGGAAGGCAAUGUGGCCCCCGCCAAGGGAUACGACGACAUCUCGGCUUCCAUGAGCGUCAUCCGCAUGGAGAAGUUCGCGCUGGAAAAACGCCGCGUGUCUCGCAUCCUGCCCAAGUCCCUUCACCGCACCUUCGUCGAUCCCGACGUCGAGCAGCUGUUCCAGGCCUACCACGAGAGGCAGCGCCGUGCUGACCUCAACAUCCUGCUUGGGGCAGGUGCCACUUUCGCAGUCUAUAGCGUCGUGUUGUGCAUCGCGGACUUGCCACACCCAUCUCUGGCCGCCCCUCUGGUACUGGGGUCCAUUGGCGGCCUCCACAUUCUCCUGAUCAUCCUUUGUCGCCUCCACGUCUUCCCUGAACGCACAUGGAUUUUCCUUCCGUAUUUCGUGUGGGCGCUCUUCCUCGUUGGCGUCGGGGUGUUCAUAUUCCUCGGCCCGGACGCGCCAGCACCGCGGUAUGGAUUGCUGUGGGUGAUUUUGCUGCAUUUCUUGGUGUUCGUUGGGCUGCCCUUACGACUGCCCUUGUGUCUAGUACUGACGGGCAUCACAGCAGUGGCUCACCUAGCCAUCUCUGUCCUUCUGACGCCGGGCGAACAGCUAAUUAAAACUCAGCUUAUUGCGAAUUUCCUGCUGGUGUCGGGAGCUACUCUGCUGGGCCUCAUGUCGUACUUCUUCGCCGACAAGAAGCAUCGGAGGGCAUUCCUCGAGACACGGCAGUCCCUCGAGGUCAAGAUGGUCAUCGAAGAGCAGUCUCGGGAACAGGAACGGCUGCUGUUGUCCGUUCUACCGAAGCAUGUUGCUGAAACCAUGCGACAGGACCUGGGACGCGGCGGAGACGGACAGUUCAAGAAGAUCUAUAUGAGUCGCCACGAGAAUGUCAGCGUGCUGUUCGCUGACAUCGUCGGCUUCACUGCAAUAUCGUCAACGUACACAGCAUCCGAACUCGUCAAGAUGCUCAAUGAACUCUUCGCUCGCUUUGAUGGCCUGGCAGAGGUGAAAAUACCACAGCUGCGCAUCAAGAUUUUGGGCGACUGUUAUUACUGCAUAUCGGGAGCCCAGGAGAGGAGUGACCACGCUGUCAAUUGCGUCCACAUGGGACUCUCCAUGAUAGAUGCUAUCAAGUAUGUGCGGGAGACAACAGGUUGUACAGUGGACAUGCGCGUUGGGAUUCACACAGGAGCCGUCUUGGCCGGAGUACUUGGGCAACGCCAGUGGCAGUUCGAUGUCUAUAGCAAAGAUGUGGUGUUGGCAAAUAAGAUGGAGAGCAGCGGCAAGCCAGGACGCGUUCACAUAAGCAACAAAACUCUUCAGUACAUCGGAGACGAAUUUGAGGUCGAGCCGGCCUACGGAGAAAAGAGAGAAGACGCCCUUCGAGCCGCAGGGCUCAAGACAUACUUCAUCUCCAAGGUCCUGAUGCCGUACAAGCCUCGGCCGUCGCUUCAGAGUAUGAAGAAUGGGACCAAGAGCUCUUCCUCCCAGCCCUCGCGGGACGUCCCGUCUGAAAACACCAUGGCCUCGAGGGACAGUACAACGCUUUCUACCGUAGAGGACGCGAAGGUCCUGAAGUCGCUGCAGGAAGGGAACGCCGACUCCUCCUUCAAGACCAAAUUGCAGAAGGAGUUGGUCAAUCGAGAUGGCCGAAGCGACCUUCUGAGCCAAACCAGCAUGGUGACCCUGAGCUUCCGAGACGGCAAGAUUGAGCAUGCCUACAAGCACCACAGGGAGACGUUCAGCGGAGCUGCUACCACGGCGGUUCCUUUGGUGCUCUUGAUCAUCACCAUAGCUCGCUUCAUACUGCUGCCCACUGCUGGUGGAAGUAUACUGAUACUACUAGGUGGCGUCCUCCUGCUGACGAGCAUGGCAUCUGUAUCAGCUGCGCGUUCUUUCCCUUUGCGAGUUUGCAACGCUCUCUUGACUGCCAGUGAUCGUGUACACUCAACAGUAGGGCUUCGGGUUGCCUGGUUUACAACAUUAGUCAUACUUGCAGCUGCUGCAAAUACUCUGGACAUGUAUUUAUGUGACAAGAUAGAUGACCCAUUUGACAUCUUGGCCUUCGAUAAUGCCACCGCUAUGACCUUUGAGAGAACAGAUGUCCAAAAUCAUACCAUAAAAGUUGAUAAUGAGAGUUUCAGUCAACUGCUUCAGGAAAUCCCAGAAGACAGUGAUUUCUUCAAUUUACAAACAACUAACAUAUGUCCACACCCAGCAUACUACUCGUAUUUCACCCUAUUGAUACUAUUAGCAGCUUCACUUUUAGCACAAGUAAGCUACAUGAUCAAGAGUCUGGUAAUGAUUGCAGUAGUGGGUUUACAGUGCACCAUGAAUUUGCUUAUAAUGAAGCAUGCUCUUGAAACUGCCGAGGACUGGUCUGAAUAUGAUAAGAAGAGGAUGGUGAAGGAUCAUACCAGUUUGUCAGUUGAGCUCUGCAUGAUUACAAUUCUUCUCAUGAUACUUAAUAGGGAGACUGAGAAGACAUCUCGCGUAUUAUACCUGUGGCGACGUGAAGUGGAGGAACAGAGAGAAAGGGCUGCAGAUAUCAGGCAGAGGAAUGAAGCACUGGUGUAUAACAUUCUGCCGCAACAUGUUGCAACGCAUUUUAUGGGAAUCAGGAGAAAGAAACAUGAAGAGCUGUAUUCCCAGAGCUACGAUGAAAUCGGAGUUCUUUUCGCUUCAAUGCCCAAUUUUGGAGAUUUUUACUCUGAGGAAUCAGUGAACAAUCAGGGUCUGGAAUGCCUGCGUUUCCUCAAUGAAGUUAUAUCUGAUUUUGAUGGUCUUCUGGAGCUGCCUCAGUUCCAUGACAUCAUCAAAAUCAAAACCAUUGGAUCAACUUAUAUGGCUGCUAGCGGACUUAAUCCUUCUCGACAAGUUAAGGAAGAUGACCCUGUGAAGGUUCGUUGGGCACAUCUAGCUCUUCUUGUUGACUUCGCUUUUGAAUUAGUAAGGGCCCUUCAGUCUAUCAACGAACAGUCAUUCAAUCAUUUUGUUCUUAGAAUGGGAAUCAACCAUGGACCUAUAACAGCUGGAGUGAUUGGUGCAAGGAAGCCACACUAUGAUAUCUGGGGAAACACUGUCAAUGUAGCAUCUCGUAUGGAAUCAACAGGAAAAGCUGGAUGCAUACAAGUAACAGAAGAGACGACCAAAAUCUUGCAGCAUUUUGGAUAUGUAUUUGAACAAAGAGGCCUGAUAGCUGUGAAAGGAAAAGGCGAAUUAAUGACGUACUAUUUAGUGGGAAAAGCUGCGAGUCCUCAACAGGUCAAUGGCGAGUCUUUAGAUUACUCAAAGGCUGAGGACCAAUCUCAGACUUGAAACUGAAAUACACAAUAAAGAGAUAUUUUUAGGAAAAGAGAAAUAUAUGUUGACAAUAAAUCUAUUUCUGCUAAAGAAUAUAUAUAUACAUAUAUAUAAUUCCAAGCAUUACAAGUAUAAAGAUGUUACUUCCAAGCCAUACUACUGUUCCUUUUCUUCUGCAACCCUUCAAUUUCACCGAACAGAGUCGUAUUUUGGGAUGAAAUGGGAGUUUGUAAUGUGCUCUUAAGCAUUGUGAAGAAGUAUGGAAUGUGCAAGUUGGACUGAGAGUAACACAACAUUACUGUGUAGGCUAAUGGAAAAGCUGUGUACUGAAUUAAAAGUUAUUUUUACAA